UUACAGAACGUCACAACCUUGUGCAAACGCAAACUAAAAUUACGCGCGUGUGCACGUGUCAAACGUGAUUCGUGACAGCUGUCAGUGGUAGCACAUGUGAAAGAGAAAUUACAAGAAAUUCACCCUUGACUUCAAAUUUAUUUUCACAAUGGCAAAUAAUACUCCCCUUUCUCCUGAGCAAAAGUACRAUUUGAUAACUCGUAAUUUACAAGAAGUCUUGGGCGAAAGUAAAAUAAAAACGAUUUUGUCGCAACGCGAUUUAAAAAUCUACUGGGGAACGGCAACAACGGGGAAACCCCACAUCGCCUAUUUUGUCCCCAUGUCAAAAAUUGCCGACUUUUUGCGAGCUGGUGUUGAAGUCACCAUUCUUUUCGCCGACCUUCAUGCUUAUUUAGACAAUAUGAAAGCGCCGUGGGAGYUACUGGCCCUCCGAGUGCAGUAUUAUGAACACACGAUCAAAGCAAUGCUAAAAUCAAUCGGUGUUCCGUUGGAAAAACUCCGUUUCGAAAAGGGGACCAACUACCAACUGUCCAAGGAAUACACUCUGGAUGUGUACAGGUUGAGUUCGAUUAUAACUGAACAUGAUGCGAAGAAAGCCGGCGCUGAAGUGGUCAAACAAGUGGAUCAUCCUUUGGUCAGUGGACUUUUAUAUCCCGGUUUGCAAGCCCUCGAUGAAGAGUACCUAAAAGUGGACGCCCAGUUUGGUGGUGUUGACCAGAGGAAAAUCUUCACUUUUGCGGAAAAAUACCUCCCACAGUUGGGCUACCAAAAACGGGCACAUUUGAUGAACCCAAUGGUUCCAGGUUUAACUGGUAAUAAAAUGUCAUCUUCGGAAGAAGACAGCAAAAUCGAUUUGCUUGACUCUCCCGCAGCCGUGAAACAAAAACUCAAAAAAGCAUUCUGCGAACCUGGAAAUGUCGAAAAUAACGGUAUUUUGUCGUUUGCAAAACACGUAAUUUUUCCUCUUCUCAAACCCGAGGAAAAAUUCGUGGUUCCUCGCAAGGCUGACUAUGGUGGCGACAUUCAUUUCGAAUCGUUUCAACAACUGGAAACGGCGUUUGCGAAUCAAGAAGUGCAUCCUGGUGAUCUCAAAGCCAGUAUCGAAAUUUAUCUAAAUCGRUUGUUGGAGCCCGUGAGGAAGACGUUUGAAGAUCCUGAAUUGAAGAAACUGGCUGAAAAGGCGUAUCCGGUCCAAAGGAAAGCGGACGAUGAGAUUAAACCACAUGUUCUGGAUAUCAGAGUGGGAAAAAUUGUGGAAAUUUCUAAACAUCCAGAUGCUGAUGCUUUAUAUGUCAGCAAGAUUGACGUAGGACAGGAAACGCCAAGGACUGUUAUAAGCGGCCUCGUUAAUUACUAUUCCAUAGAAGACUUGUUAAAUCGCAUGGUUGUGCUGCUUUGUAAUUUAAAACCGUCGAAAAUGAGAGGAAUUGAGUCCACAGGAAUGGUUUUGUGUGCAUCUACGGAUGAACCAAAAAAAGUUGAAACACUUAUCCCUCCUGAAAGUUGUAAUCCUGGAGAUAAGUUAGUUUUUGAAAACCAUGAAAAUGGGACUCCUGAAGCUGUCCUUAAUCCGAAGAAGAAAAUCUGGGAGAAAUUACAAGCUGAUUUUAGGACUAGUUCAGAUUGUAUCGCACAAUGGAAAAAUAGUAAUUUAAUUUCAAAGGCCGGUGAUGUAGUUCGAAGUAAAACGUUAGCCGAUACUUUAAUCAAAUAGCAGUUUUACUAUGUUGUACAAGCAAUUUUUUAAUGUGUAAGUUUUAAAGUGACAUACUGCCUCUCUUCAAUUUACUUCUUACAUUUUUACUGAGUUGAGGUUCUAAAAUAAAUUAAAAAAUACAGGGAACUGUAAAACUAAAUUAAGAAA